CUGAAUAAUCGCAGUUUCUGACAGACAGUGAGAGUAAAUCAUUUGUCCAAGGUUUAAAUAUUUGAAGAGAGGCAGCGGAGGCGUAAUACUAAGCUCAUGGUCCGUGGGAGGUGUGGUAGAAAGUGAUGAUGCGAAGAGUAGCUGACCAUGGCACUUGCCAGUCUUAGAUCUCACACUAUUUUUCCUCUUGCUACUUUCCUUCAUACACUCCGAUAAAUUACGUAAUCCUUCCCUCUGCCAGGCGCAUGAGUAAACCUACUUCGCAAUGGGUUACCGUUUAUUGUCGCAGUUGUAGUAUGAUGAGGGUAUUACAGUAGUUCAUCUGACCUUAUUUUGACUUGGGCACCGUUAGAGGAGGGAGGUGGCUCGAGUGGUGUUGCGUGCAGCUGCGUGGCAGGGACUUCAGCCAGCCGCGGGAGGUGGACUUGUCUGAUGGUGCGGGCUGCGGGCAGUGGGUCAGUUCUCCGGUGACUCUCUCCGUGUCGGUCUCACUCGACAAUUUGCUCUCCGCCCCUCCGCCGCAAGACCUGCUCAGUCCCGUCCUUAGUCUGUCGCCUCCGUCAUGAGGCUGUGUGGCGGCUGACUACCUCGUAAUCCGUCAUCUACAAACAUUAGUAAUGUCAAAGGCUGCUAUUAACGCUCUUAUUGGGCGUCGCCUUUGUCGCCUAGGCUCCCAGGUGAGGUCUUCCCAUCGUAGGCACCGUGCCACAAUUGCUAACGUGGGAGGUGACAUCCACCCGUCGCCGCAGCCCCCAAGCCUCAUCCCACAACCCGUCCCCAUCAAGACUUACAGUGAACUGCCUUCCCCCUCCGGAUACCCGGUGUUUGGAACUUUACCUCGAUUCCUUGCCGCUGGGGGCGUCCAGCACUACCAUAAAUAUGUUUCUCAGCUUCACCAGGAAUUGGGCGGCGUCUUUCGAAAUAGUUUUGCGGGCACGAAUAUGGUGUUUGUAUCUGAUCCAGUCGCCGUCAGGGAAGUUUUCGCAGCCGAGGGUCAAUACCCUCGGCACUUCAUCCCAGAGGCGUGGCUGCUGUACAACGAGGAGCGGCAGGCGCGGCGAGGAAUUUUCUUCAUGGAUGGUGAAGAGUGGAAAAAGUACCGGAGUGUCCUGAACCGCCGGCUGCUGCGCCCCGGCCCACUGCUCCCGCACCUGCCCGCCGUGAGCCGCAUCGCCGACGCCCUGGUGGACCGCUGGACCUCCCUCUUCGCCCACCGCCCCAUACCAGACCUGGAGCGGGAGCUGUACCACUGGUCCCUGGAAUCCCUGGGGGUGAUGAUCCUCGGAGACAGGCUGGGGCUGCUGAAUGAUGCUCCAAGAAGCGCCGAGGAGCAGCAGCGUCGGGCAGAAAUGAUGCGGUUCAUUGACGCAAUACACGGCAUCUUCAAGGAGACCAGCGCUCUGGGGACCUUCCCGCCCGCGUUGGCCAAGGCUCUCCGCUUCCCCUCCUGGAGACGCUUGGUCAGCAGUCUCGAUAAAGCCCUGGCCUCCGGCCAGGCACUCGUGUCGGCGGGGCUACUGGCGUCGCAGGAGGUGAGGGCGAGGGGCGACGACAACCACACACCAUCCCUGCUCGACCACCUCCUGCACGACGACAAGCUGCAAGAACACGACAUCCUUCUUCUCCUCACCGACCUCUUCCUCGCUGCGGCAGACACGACAUCCCACACCGCUGUCUGGGCGUUGUAUCUCCUUGGUCGUCACCCGGAGACGGUCCAGCGUCUCCGCCAAGAGGUUUUAGAUGCCACGGGCGGCACAGGGCGCGUGGAGGAAGAGCACCUGGCCGCCUUGCCCUACCUGAAGGGAGUGGUGAAGGAGACCCUCAGGUUGUACCCCGUGGCGCCCUUCCAAACCCGCGUGCUGCAGCGGAACACCAACCUCUUGGGAUACGAAGUGCCCGCCGGGAUGAUGGUCGCCCUGUCGGUGUACACGAUGGGCCGCGACCCAGCGAUCUUCCCGAACCCAGACUGCUUUUCCCCGGACCGCUGGCUUCGUGAUGGCCCCGCCCCCUCAGCUAAUGCUCCGUGCCCCUUCAGUCCUGGCCCUGCCGCCCCACGCCCCCACUCCCACUCCUUCUUCCCGUUUGGCAUCGGGUCUCGUUCCUGCAUCGGGCGGCGGCUGGCCGAGAACGAACUGUACAUGCUGCUGGCCAACCUGGUGACGAGGGCAGACCUUCGGGUCCUGAACCAGGUGGACAUGGUGAUCCGCAUGGUGGGUGUGACGUCACAGCCAUUGCAGGUACAGGUGGAACCCCUCACGCCGGCGACAGCCAAUACUCGCCGCUAAGACUGGACAGAGUGAAUGCUGCACCAGAGGCUCAUGGAAGAAACCACACUGAAUAAUAGGCACUCCGUCACUACACCUGCCUGGUCCUAGUGUGCUGUGUCAUAGACCUGUAACCAGCCUCGUUGAUGUACAAAAGUAAGAGUAGAUGUAGAUCUGUCAUGUGAUGUAGAUGUAGAUGUUUUUUUUGUUUUACUUAUACUGUACACAUUAUUUAGUAACGUUUUUAAUGGCAAAUAAUUGUUAGUUUUCUUUAGAAUAUUUUAUUGCAACUUGAACAACUUUUAUAACAUAAACCUUAUUUUCAUCAUUCCAAUUAAACAAGAGACCUCUUAGAUUAGAGGAAGUAUGUAAUGUUGACCUUUCCUGUCCUGUCUGAUAUUCUGAAGAUCCUAUGAUAUAAAACAUCCAGCUAUUACCUGACAGCAUAUUUUCAAUUUUUAUUUUCUUCUUUACCAACAUGUAUGUCUUUAUUUAUGAAGUUUAUCCUAGUGGUCAUAGAUCUUAGAUUGUGGGGGUGAAGGGCAUGAAGAAGAAGCUGACAGUGUGGGAUAAUAAUGCAGAAGGGAAAGAAAGCUUACGGAAUUGUAAUAUUAAGUCAGUCAGGAGUUAAUAAUAUAUUGAACAUUAGACAGACAAACAAUUGGGACAUAAAUCAUUAAUUUGAUUGAAGGUCAUGAAGUCAAGAUUUUAAGGCAGCCACUCUUCAUUUAAAAAAAUUCAACUUAGGUGUUACAUCAGUAGUGUCUGUGGUGCCGUGGUUAGCAUGCCUAACAUGAUUCUGUGAGCCUGGGUUUGAAUUGUCCUGAUCAGUUGGUGCACAGCCCACCCAGCUGUUCAUCCUUCCUGAGGAAAGUAAACUGUGAUAGGCUGGAUGAUGCACUGGCUCUGUGUCUAGGUUUAAUGGGUUCUCUCUCACCACAGGCUGAAAGGCCAAUCAUCACUGCUGACAUGCAUAGCAAAUAGUGUAUGCUCCAAACUUUACCUUAAAGUGGCAAAACCAUUUUCCACAUAUUUCCACUCCCCAUACAUAUGCUUUUUCUUCUAUUCGGUGCUUAUAUGUACUCCUCUUGAAGACAUUGGCAAAAAGAAACAUGAGUUAAUUUUGCAUACAUUAUUUUUUUCUGAUUUCAAACUUUAUCCAGACCCCUUGAUAUAUGAGGAAGUCCUUCCCUCAUAAAGAAACAAAAGUGUGAGUUGCUUCCUCCUCCCAUGUCUAUCCCUUAUUAAUACAGUGUUUGUUAUAUAGUGGAUGUAUUAGAGGUCCCUCACUACUUAGGCCAUCUAUGAGGUGGCUUGUCUUUAGAGAUGGUGUUCAUAUACAGCAUCCCCGUGUUCUGGAUUGACUAUAGGAAAGAUGGCACAUUGUGAUUCUUAAAGGGAUUUUCACUGGUAAAAAAAAAAGUUAUCGUAAUGAU